AUGAAGAAAAUGGCACAAAUGGACGUCUCAUCAUCUCGUGAACGCUCUGAGACGGCGUUUAUGCAGGUGUUAACGAAUAAAUCAUUGUUUCGCCAUGUGGUAUCAUUGAUGAAUGGAUUACCUCUUGUUAUUGUGCAAUUUUCACGUGCACAGCGACGCUCUAUGGAAGCUCGUGACAAGGUCAUGAUGUUGCAAUGGCUUGAACGACAUUUGGACUUGACAAGUUCGUAUACGUUUGAAACGGAUUUCAUGGAUAUUGCAGUCGGAUAUACAAAGGGAGGAGCCGAGGUGAUGGAAUGGAUAAUACGUGUACAUUCGAAUGUAAAGACACAGGUUACAGCAUGGGCAUUGCGACUGGCAGCAUAUAACGGGGAGCUACUGAAGAUGAAAUGGCUACAUGAGCAUGGAUUUCAGGGCUUUUCGUGCACGACUGCAGACGAUGCGGCCUGUGCAGGACAUACCAAUGUAUUGAAGUUUCUAUUGGAAAAUCGAAGAGAAGGAUGUAGUUCGAGGGCAUUGGAUCAAGCAGCGACUCAUGGUCAUAUUGACGUAGUGAGAUAUCUCUUUUCAUUCAUUCAUGGCAGAACGAGUGUUGAACAACACCGAGUGAUGGCAAGAGCGUCAUUUGCAAUGACAAAAGCGGCGUUAUGUGGACAUGCAGAGAUUGUCGGGGCGCUUGGACGACGACACUGCACACCGUUGAACAAUACACUGCUGGAUGUUGUGGCCACCGGGGAACUUCAAGUGCUGAAAGAGUCGUGUCGAUAUUCAAAUGAAGGAUGUCUCGUUGAAGCUCGUAGACGAGCAAAAACGUUGGGUUAUGUUGAUCUUGAUACGUUCCUACGUACACAAAUUGCACCUACUGCCUGGCCUUGUCGACUUCAUCGACAUUCACGCUCUGGACGACGACGUUGCCAAAGAAAGACAAAGGUGGGUUCAAAAUUUGAUGAGUUGCAGUAA